AGAAACCACAAGAGUCAUAUUUAUUCUAUUUUUAUGACAAGAAAGUAGAUUGUGGUUGUGGUGGAUUUGCGUACCCAUGAGGUACGAAAUUCGGUAUUUUUUUUUUAAUUGUGCUUAUCUGGCUUAUUACCCAAGAUAGUAAAACUUUAGUGUUACAGGAGGUACCAACAGAUCAUUAUUUCCGAACUUAUUAUAUUGCUGAAAAAGGUCACAGUUGGUUUUCUUCGCCACUGUGCUCCGGUAGUACUCCGCAACAUGUAGUUAUGUUUAACUACAUAAAACACUUUUUUUCAGUCUAUAGAAACAGGCCUAAGUUUCUUUUCGGCUUUCACGGCCAGUUGUCUCACGAUUCUUAUAACUUAAUCGGUGCUGCCGAUGACGAUUUAUAUAAAUUUCUCAAAGAAUUAAAUGAUAAGGGACAUUUAAACAACACAAUCCUGAUAUUGAUGUCUGAUCAUGGACACAGAUUUGCCAGUAUAAGAAAUACCAUUCAGGGAAAGCAGGAGGAGAGGUUGCCCUUUUUUUCAUUUACUUUUCCGAAAUGGUUUCGAAAAAAAUAUAAACAGUAUUAUACGAAUUUCGUAAACAACUUAAAUACGCUUACUACCCCAUUCGAUAUUUAUUCGACUCUCAAAACAGUGAUCGAUUUGAAUACUGUAAAGAACAACACCUUGGACCAUCGUUCAAUUUCGUUAUUCAGCAAGGUUAGUCCUUAUACCUUACAUAUGCAAACAGUACAUAUGUUUAUUUUUGGUCACACCUGCAUGAGAUACUGUAAUAUACCUACUAAUUCCUAA